AUAUCGCUACACAAGCCUACCUUCUCAGUCUUUUCACGUUUCAACCUAAAAUUUUUAUAAUCUUUUAUCCCCUCCAUGGCAACGGUCAUGCUAGCCUUUCAUCGUUUCGAGCCAAUAACCAAAUGCAGCACCAAAGACCGCUCCAACCAAACCGUUGCAUCGGACUUAGACGGCACUCUCCUCGUCUCUCGCAGCGCAUUUCCGUACUACUUCCUCGUCGCUCUCGAAGCCGGCAACAUCCUGCGAGCGCUUCUCCUCCUCGCCUCGGUCCCCUUCGUCUACUUCACGUACCUAUUCAUCUCCGAAACCAUAGCCAUCAAAACCUUAAUCUUCGUAACCUUCGCCGGGCUCAAACUCAGGGACGUGGAGCUGGUGUCGCGCUCGGUGCUGCCGAGGUUCUACGUGGAGGACGUGCACCCCGACACGUGGCGUGUGUUCAACGCCUUCGGGAAGCGGUAUAUUGUGACGGCGAGCCCCAGGGUGAUGGUGGAGCCGUUCGCGAAGACGUUUCUUGGCGCCGAUAAGGUGCUCGGAACGGAGGUGGAGGUAACGGCGUUCUCUAAGGUGCUUGUUGGUGAGCACAAGUGUGGAUUAAGCCUAACUCAACCCUACAAAACUGGCUUGUAAGGUGAGAGUUGCUUUUCACUUAUAUACUAUUCAAUUGCCUAAUCUCUAGUCGAUGUGGGACUUGGGUUUUUCCCAAUAACAAGAAAGAAGCGCUUCUGAAGGAGUUUGGGACCAACUUGCCAGAUUUGGGACUCGGAGAUAGUGUAACGGACUUUGACUUCAUGUCAAUUUGCAAGGUUCGUAUAUACCUAUAUAGCUAAACAAAAUGGUACGUAUAAAUCUCAGUUAUAUUAUCCUCUCAUAUGAAGGCAUCAUGUGUACGUGGUUAGUUGAUUUUUAUAAUAAUUAUUUUAAUAAUCAUUUUUUUUGAGUGUGUAAAAUUUUAACCUGACGGGACAACCAUUUUUUUAAUUUAAUAUUUAUUCUAUAAUAUAUGAAGUACAAUGACUA